AUGCUAUAUUGCAAAGUUCCUGAGAUGGCAGUUGAAGAAAGCUCAUUUGUAACAACAGUUGAGAGUCAAACGAGGCGUAUGAGUUUUGUAUUAAGACGUACAUUAAUUCCAAAGAGAACAGCUACAUGUACAAACUUAGUAAAAUAUAUUCCGACUUACCAGAUAGAUAUGUUGGAUUAUGGACACACAGAAAUCGAUGUAAUUCUGAAGACCUGCUCGUAUAUCAUUGAAGGAUUGAACAAAGACCUUGUAAUACGCCAAAGAUGGGGUGAGUCUUUUUGCCCAUUAACUAGAAGUACAGAAUACAACAAGGGUCGCAAAUGUGAUGUACGCUUCUUAUCAGCAUUAGGAGUAGAUAUAGGAGAGUGGGAAUUCGCGUCAAACUUAACGGCACAAAAGGCGAUUGGUGACCGUUGUCGAUCUGCACGGAUAAAUCAGUCAAUUUUAAACGGCUUGUUAAAUCGCAACUUGAAUGAUAAACAGGCGAAAAAAAUCAAUGUUCUUUUUUUGCAGGUUGCUGACACAAGUGGUCAAAUGUUGGUUGAAGAUUUAGUUGAGGGUUUUUACGUUGUCUUUCCCGGACCGACAUUUGAAACUGCAACAUAUCGAAAAUCUAAAAUCGGCUGUUAA